CUGAUGCAAUUCCUGCGUUAUGCAACUCCUCUUAUUUGCGAGGAACUCGAUAAGAAUAGCAAAAGUCAUGCCUUUGAUGGCUACGAUGUUAACUGGGAAGAAAAAGCGGAAGCCAUCGAAUGUCUUCAUACAUUAAGUUAUGCAGAAGUAAAUGAUAAGGUAAAACUACAAUGUACAGAUCUAUCAUGGAAUGCAAUAGGAUCAGUUAUUGCUGUUGCCUACGGGAAACUGGACCAUCAAGAUUGGUGUACCGAUAAGUCCGUCCUUUGUACCUGGAAUAUUGAUCGACACAAUAUAAUUUCAAGCAAGCCUGAUACUGUUAUUGAAGUCUCAUGUUGUUUGACAUCAAUCGAUUUUCAUCCUGAAAGAAUCUCUAUGAUAGCCGGAGGCGUAUUUAACGGAGAGGUGCAAGUCUGGGAUAUCAGUCGUGAAGAUGAAAUGUUGAUAGCAAGAUCGGGAAUUAGUGAUGAUUCUCAUCAAGAGCCUGUGACAAGUAUAAAAUGGAUCAAUGAUCCUAACAUUAAGAGCAAAGCCUUGCAGUUAAUGAGUUCUGCAACGGAUGGAAAAAUAUUUGUAUGGCAAAUUAAUAUGCAAAAUCAGGAUUUUAAGCUAACGAAAGGUUUUGUGGUCGUGACUGAUAAUAUUCCGAAGAGUUUACGAAUUAGCAAAGCCAAAGAUAAUGCUGAAAUUGGCGUUACUGGGUUUUCAUUUUCCAAUGAAGACAAAUCAUUAUUUGUCAUUGGCUGUGAAAGCGGAAAUGUUUUCAAAUGUUCAUUAAAUUCUGAGAGAAAUGCAGUAACUGGACUCAAUAGUAUUCCACUAUUUUCACCAGUAACCUUCGCAUUUCACUAUCAUGACGGCCCAGUUUAUUCGAUUGAAUGUUCUCCUUAUCAUAGAAACUUAUUUCUUACUUGUGGAAUGGAUACUAGUGCCCAUCUGUAUACAAUAUUACAGUCUAAACCAAUAUUAUCAUUUGAACCUGGCAAUGGAUUCAUGUUUAACAUUAAAUGGUCGCCAGUACGCCCCAUGGUCUUCGCUACAAGUACAGCGGAAGGGUCAUUACUCAUUUACGAUUUAGAGAUUAGCAAGAUCAAUCCCGUAAUAAACCUUGCCGUAAAUGAUAACAAGAGUCCAGUCUAUUCAUUACAAUUUAAUAAGCAAAGGCGACAAUUACUUGCAACUGGUGAUGGAAACGGAAAAAUUCAAAUCUGGCGUUUAAAUGAUGAACUGACUAAUCAAAAGACAAGAGAAACUCAUCAUUUAGCUGAACUAGCAGAAGUUGCUUUAGAAUAA